AUGAGUAUAGAAGAAAAAUUGUUAGCUUUUAUACGUGAGGUGUUAACUGAAGUAAUGUAUAUUGAUAAUAAUUCAUCAAAAGUAAUCCUUCAGGAUCAACCUAUAGAGCUUCUAUGCAAAUUAUCUCAAAAAGUUGAGAAAAGGUAG